UUUAUAUUUGAGAAAGAAUCUCUUUGUUUCUAUCUCAAGAAUUCUCAUAUCUUCUUCCAAAUUGGCAGCAAUAACAGGUUCCUUUCUGUUACUCUUAUCAUCUUUGUAAAUAUUAUAUAGCUUUUUAUUAAUAAAAGUUUUCAAGAUUUGGUUUUUGGAUGAUUUUUAUGUUUGUUGCUGUAGAUAUUGUUAAGGGUUUCAUAAAUUUGAAGAAUUUGAGGUACCCAUAAUCUGGUUUUGGGGUAUUGAGAUAAAUGAAGUUAAAGGGUUUUCUGGGUCUUUGAUAAAUUUGUAAUUAGGGUUGUAUUUGAGCUUCUAUUUGUUUGGAAUUGGAAUAACUAGCAUAUGGGAUUUGUUUCUUGUGUAUGAAUUGUUUAGGUUUACUGGUCAAUAAUUGAAUUCUUGGCUAAAGUGGGUUUAAUUGGUGAUAAUUUGAUUGCUAUUACUGGUUUGGUUUGGCUUAUCUUGAUAAGGGUGAGUAAAGAAUAGAGGAGUUUGUAGUUUGAUCAAGUAAGUUGUCAAGUGGUGAAGAUGGUUGAGGCAAUUGCAACUACAUCUCUUAUAGGCUAUAGGCCAUUAUAUGGCAGUUGGGUUAUGGGGGAUGCCAGUUACAGGCGAAAAUCUGUCGAGAGUUGCCGGUUUCCGGUGGCCUCAUUUAUAGGUAGAAAGAUUGCUUUGAAUCAAUGCUUAUGCAAGAAGAGAGUUGUGAGGAUAGAUAUGGGAUUAAGGGGUUCCAUUAAAGCUCUUGCUAUGGAUUUGAAGGAGGCUUACUCAUAUAAAGAAAAGGAUCGAUUACCGCGCACUUGGAACUAUAGAUAUGACACUGAAACCGAUUCAAGACCAGGCGUAUGGCCUCCAAAUAAUAAGGCUGAUAAUCCAUCUCUUCACAACCCUUUGCUUCGGAUGGAGAGGAUGGGUUGUGGGUGGCUAGGUGCUAUAUUUGAGUGGGAAGGGGUUAUAAUUGAUGAUAAUCCUGAUCUUGAUAAGCAGGCUUGGUUAGCUCUUUCUCAAGAGGAAGGAAGGCCAGCCCCCCCAACUUUCCUUCUUAAGAGGGUAGAAGGGAUGAAAAUUGAGCAAGCUAUUUCUGAAGUCCUUUGCUGGUCUAGAGACCCAUCUGAAUUGCGAAGGUUGGCUUCCAGGAAAGAGGAGAUAUAUCAAAGAUUGCAAGGUGAUAUCUAUCGAUUGAGAUCUGGGUCUCGGGAAUUCGUGGAUGUUCUCAUAGCGUAUGAGAUUCCCAUGGCACUUGUCUCUACCCGCCCGAGAAAAACAUUGGAGGCUGCAAUAAGGGAUAUUGGGAUCGAAGGGGUAUUUAGCGUGAUUGUAGCGGCCGAGGAUGUUCAUAGGGGUAAGCCUGAUCCUGAGAUGUUCAUAUAUGCAGCACAACUUCUGAAAUUUAUACCAGAGAGGUGCAUUGUAUUCGGGAACUCAAACCUGACUGUAGAAGCAUCCCAUGAUGCCCGGAUGAAGUGUGUUGCUGUUGCUAGCAAGCAUCCUGUAUAUGAGCUUGGAGCUGCGGAUUUGGUUGUCAGGCAUUUAGAUGAACUUUCUGUUAUGGAUCUAAAGAACCUUGCUGCUGUAGAGUCACCUGAGUUUCAGGAACCAGAGUUGGAGAUGGAGGAAGAAUUCGAGGAAGACCAGUAUCCAUCUGCACCAGCAGGAGUGGAUGAUAUCUUCUGGUAGCACACUCAAAAUGUACAGGAUGUUGUUGUCUAUCUGUUGGUGAAGAUAUUGGUUUCUUUUCCUUUUGUGUAUAAAACAUAGGAUAAAAGAAAGUAGAAGUUAGGGGUAGUCUGCAUUGGAUUACCUGUGUUGCUCUAAUGUACCAUAUUAAUUCUGUUCAAUAUACAAGUUUGUUACUUCAA